AUGAAUUCAUUAUAUUUUUAUAUAAAUUUUCUACGUAAAUUAACAAAAAUAUUAAUGAAGUAUAACUUCAAUUUUGUACUUUUUUAUACAUUUGUACAAUACACGCUUUUUAAAUUAAAAGUAUUAAUUGAUACAAAAUUUAAGUGGAACAUUCAGUCAGACAUUGCUUUCAAAUAUUUAACAAAACAUUUUUAUGAUGUGAGAAAUUAUUAUAUAGACUAUAAUACUUGUUUACUAGCAAAUAUAGAAUAUUUACAAAUUUCUACACCAACUUGGUUUUAUAUAUGUUCUACAGUAUCUAUAAAAAAAUAUAAAAUAUUAGUAAUACCUUUGAACGAUAGUGAUAUAAAUGUUAUAUAUAUAUCAGAUACUAUGAAAUGUAAUAUAGAAAAUGCAUUGCAUUGUACCAUCGAUAAAUGUUUUUUAUUACCAGCAAAGGAUGACACAAUUAGUUUUGCUACAGAGGCCAGAAUUUCUAUGAUUUCUAAUCCAUAUGAGACGACAGAUAAUUUAAUAAGUACCCUAUUAGAAAAUUAUUUCUCUAAACCUAGAUUCUUAAGAAAAAAUGACUUAUUUGGCAUUAAUAUAAAGGAAUAUAUAUUAGAUCAAAUGUAUUUACAUAUUAAUCCUUUAAUGUCUAUAAUAUAUUUUAAAGUUAAUUCUAUUAUUAUUGAUAAUAAUAGAAAUUGUACAGCUCGUAAUAUUUCUUACAUUUUACAUGGAAUAACAACACUUAUUCAGGAACCAAAUGUACAUAGUUAUUUACCUCAAAAACAUUUUAACUCUAAUAAAAUUAGAAAGAAAUAUGAGGAGUCAUAUCCACCAAGUUUAAUAACACCCUUGAAAUACUUAGAACAUUGCAUUCUUCCAUUCAUUAAACAUGAUAUUCAGUUAGAUAUAAAGCCAAUAUUUCUCAUUAAGGGUUCACAAGGUUCAAAUAAACGUAAAUUAAUUCAAACUUUGGCUGAAAAAAUAGGUUUAAACUUUCUUAAUACAGAUUUUGCUGAAGUUCAAGCUUUGACAUCAGCACAAACAGAGGCUAAACUACGUAUUGUAUUACAUAAUGCCGAACAAUCUGUGCCAUGUAUAUUAUGUUUAAAUAAUAUAGAGGUAUUUGGAAGAAAUUCGGAAGGUCAGAAAGAUGAAAGAGUUGUAUCAACUUUUACAAACGAAAUAAAUUUGUUAUAUAAUAAACGUUUGAAGUAUCCAAUUAUUAUAAUAGCUACCACAAUUGAGCCUGAUAUACCAGCAGAAUUAAACAGAAUUUUUAUCGAGACGAUUCACCUGGAACAUCUAGAUCAAAAUGAAAGAAUAAAUUUAAUUUUGUGGUUGCUAAGAAAACGAAAUCUUGAUCAUCAAGUAAAUUUAUCAAAAAUUUCCGGGAUAUGUUCCGAUUUUAGGUAUUCAGAUUUAUCGGCACUAGUAUUAAAUGCUGUAAAAUUUCAAUGCAAAGAUAAUAAUAAAGACUUAAUAUCGUUAACGCUUUUACAAGAAGAUUUUGAUAGAGCUUAUGAAUAUAUGCAAUCAAUAUAUACAGAUUGUAAAGGUGCACCACGAGUACCAAAAGUUUAUUGGAAAGAUAUAGGUGGUUUAGUGAAUCUAAAACAAGAAAUAAUGCGUCGAAUUCAGUUACCUUUGAUGAACGCUCUAGGAUUUGGCCAAUCUGGACUUCUCCUAUAUGGACCUCCAGGAACCGGAAAAACUCUUCUCGCUAAGGCUGUAGCGACAGAGUAUCAACUUCAUUUUUUAUCGGUUAAAGGUCCCGAGGUGUUAAAUAUGUAUGUCGGUCAAAGCGAGAAAAAUGUUAGACAAGUGUUUGAACGGGCAAGAGCUGCGGCACCAUGUAUAGUAUUUUUCGACGAACUGGAUUCAUUAGCGCCUAAUCGUGGGCAAAGUGGUGAUAGCGGGGGUGUAAUGGAUCGUGUGGUUUCCCAAUUGCUUGCCGAAAUGGAUGGUCUUGAUUCUUCUAGCAGCAUAUUCAUUAUAGGAGCUACAAAUAGGCCAGAUCUCAUCGAUCCUGCUCUCCUUAGACCUGGUCGAUUUGAUAAAUUAUUAUACGUAGGGAUUCAUUCUGAUCGUGAUUCACAACUUAAUGUGUUAAAGGCACUUACUCGUAAAUUUAAACUUCACAAGAAUGGUGAAGAAUUAGAAAAGUUAAUAUAUCAAUUACCCGAUCACACAACUGGUGCUGAUUUGUAUGCCGUUUGUUCAAAUGCAUGGUUAAACGCUGCACGUAGAGUUUUAAAUAAUUAUCAAGAUAAUUCUAACAAAAUUAAAUUAAACGAACAUGUUGUUGUAGAAUUUGAGGACUUUUUUAAAGCCGCGCACGAAUUGAUCCCGUCAGUUAGCAAAGAAGAAGCAGAAAGAUACAGAAGAAUGCAGAUAGAAUUAUCUUCAGUGCCAUGAAAUGUCUAAUCAUGUCUCAAGCAUCAGGUUGAAU